CCCAAACUUGUUCCGUGGAAUGUUUCUCAGCUACUGUCCCACUCCAGCAGCUUAUAACCGUUACAUCGUAAUUAACGCACCAAGUAACAACUGUACUGCGCUUCGCCCGGUUCAGUUUAAAUGAAAGCUGUAAUUCUCGCCGCUGGCUACGGAACCAGGCUCCAGAGGGAUGUGGUGGCCGACAGCAGCGGGAGGUUCGCUCACCUGGCUGGCACGGCUAAACCGCUGCUGCCGGUGGGACGCUGUGCUUUGAUAUCCCACUGGGUCCAUGCCCUGAACGCCUCUGGCGCUGUGGACUGCAUUUAUGUUGUUACUAAUGCUCUUUACCAUGCUGCGUUUGAAGACUGGGCUGCACAUUUCACUAACGUCAGGAUUCUCAGCGAUCAGACAAGAAACAAUGAUGAGCGUCUUGGUGCUGUGGCCUGCCUGCAGCUUGCAGUAAAGCACUUCAAUAUAGAAGACCAUGUUGUAGUCAUUGGAGGAGACACCCUCUUCAAAGAAGACUUUAGCCUCAGUAAAGUUAAAGAGAGGUUCUCUGACCUCCAAGAAAACAAUGAGGACAGCUGUCUGGUGCUCUCGUAUGAGUGCAAAGAUGAAGAAACCCAUAAAUACGGGAUCCUUGAGGUAGACAGUGAUCUCUGUGUCCUCUGUAUGAAGGAGAAACCUCUUCCCACUGAGACCAAGUCAAGGAGAGCAUGUCCUUGUUUCUACGUGUUUUCAAAGAAAAGCCUUCCUCUGUUGGAUGCCUUCCUUGAGGAGAAGAAGGAAGCUCCUAUUGAAGAGAAAGAUGCCCCAGGAAACUUUGUGUCUUGGCUCAUUUCAAGGAAGCCAGUAUAUGUUCAUCAGAUUUCUGGGCGAUUCGAUGUUGGAAACUUGCCUUCCUAUAUUGAAUGUGACCUUUACUUCAGAGAAAAACUUGAAGAUGUGAAGUCUUACAUGGUGUAGAAGACACAGAAAUGGAUAAAAACAAUGUAUUUAUUAGGCCAUGUUCAAAAUAAUCCUCCAAGGCAAGCACAGAAAGAAAAUCACCUGAAAUGUGAAAUUAUGGCCAAGAAUCUGUCAAUCAAGAACAGCUGCUGUAAACAGUGAUUUUAUAUUGCAAUUUUAUAAUGACUAUUUUCUAUUAAAAUUAUUUCUCUACUAUUCAA